UCUCGGCAUGGCGGCGGGCGGCGGCGGCAGGAGCUGCUUCGUGCUGGGCGCCUCCGGGGAGACGGGCCGGGCGCUGCUGCGGGAGCUGCUGGCCCGGCGGGCCUUCGCCCGGGUCACGCUGAUCGGGCGGCGCCGGCUGAGCCUGGGCGAGGCGGAGGCGGCCGUGGAGCAGGCAGUGGUGGACUUCGAGCGGCUGGGCGAGCACGCCGCCGCCUUCCAGGGACACGACGUGGGCUUCUGCUGCCUGGGCACUACCAGGGCCAAGGCUGGCGCAGAUGGCUUUGUCCGUGUGGAUCGGGACUACGUGGCGCAGGCAGCGGAGCUGGCGCGGGCAGGGGGCUGCAAACACUUUGUCCUGCAGUCCUCCCGAGGGGCAAACCCACAGAGCCGCUUCCUCUACCUCCGCGUGAAGGGAGAAGUGGAAAACUUGGUCGAGGCUGUUGGUUUUGAUCACUGUACCAUUCUCCGGCCAGCGGUGCUGCUGUGCAAGCGCCAGGAGUCCCGGCCCAUGGAGUGGAUAGCCCAGCAGUUCUUGGGUGCUGUGGCUCGGCUGUUCCCCACCGCUUACUCAGUGCCCGUGGAAACGGUGGCCAAGGCUAUGGUGGCCUGCGCGCUGCAGCCAGGAGAGGGGAAGGUGCUCUCUGGGCUGAGGAUGAACGCACGCAUGGGAGAGAUGUGGGGUGCUUGCAUGGCGAGUGUGGAGCCAGGGGUACAUCCACUUCUUUGUACUUGGGCUGAUUCUGUCAAGGCAUCAAAAAUGCAGGUGCUGGCUGCUGGGUGAGGAUAAACAAUGUGCUCCGCUGCCUGGAUCCAUAAUACGAAUACGGGUAAAGAUGAUGUAAUCCAGGCCUUGAAUAAAACCCUGUGACUGA